AUGCCUCUCGAUAUCGAAGAAAUUUUACGGAAGAAGAAGGCCGCGGAUGCCGUAGCCUCAAAGCCAAGAUUUAUCCCCAAGGCCGAGCGAGACCGGCUAGCAGCUGAAAAGGCGAAGAAGGAAGAAGACGACAAGAAGCGCAAAGCUUCCGAAGACUCACAACGGCGACAAGAGGAGGAGCAGAAAUGGACCGGCAAAUCAAACGGAGCAUCAAGACCUAACGAUUACCCUUCGAAUGGAUCCUCCCGCGUACCGACAGGCCCCAAGGCUAUGAACCAUGAGAACGGCCGAGAAAGAUUCGCAGACGGUGAUCGCGAUCGCGACCAGGGACGCGGACGAGGAAAGGGACGAGACGCUAGGAAAGGAGACAAGCCUGGUGCCGAUAAGAAAUCAGCAGAGGACAUAGAGGCGACUCUCCUUCGAUCACGAUACUUGGGCCCCCAAGUGAAUCAACAAUCCAACUUCUCAGCCAAGAAGAAGCGAAUGCGCACAACGGAGAAGAAGUUCAACUUCGAAUGGGACGCCGAUGAAGAUACGUCACGCGACAACGACCCUCUAUACACCCAGCGGGUCUUUAAUCAUGGAGGAUCUUUUGCUGGUGUUGGCGGCGAAUUCGACGAUGAGGCUGAGGAACGAGCACGCAAGAGAGCGAGGAUGAUUGAGCAGAGAGAUCCAGAGAACGGAAAAGAGCGAGCGCAAGGUAUCAUGGAAGACUUCUUUCGGGCACGCGACAAGGCGAGGCAACGAGCGGACCGAACAGGACUGGGUAAGCGUUGGACCGAAAAGACUCUGGAGGAUAUGCGCGAGCGAGAUUGGCGCAUCUUCAAGGAAGACUUUGGUAUCGCUACAAAGGGAGGCAUGAUCCCCAACCCCAUGCGUAGCUGGCAAGAGUCGAAUCUCCCUAAGCGUCUACUUAGCAUCGUGGACGACGUUGGUUACAAAGAGCCCUCGCCUAUUCAACGAGCUGCCAUACCUAUCGCUCUCCAAGCUCGCGAUCUUAUCGGUGUAGCCGUUACCGGUUCCGGAAAAACAGCUGCUUUCCUAUUGCCAUUACUGGUCUAUAUUUCUGAUCUACCGCCUUUGGAUGAAACCAACAGGCACGAUGGUCCCUAUGCCCUCAUCAUAGCACCCACUCGAGAACUGGUUCAGCAGAUCGAAACUGAAGCCAAGAAAUUUGCUACUCCCCUCGGUUUCCGUGUUGUGAGUAUCGUCGGUGGUCAUCUUAUCGAAGAGCAGGCAUACAACCUGCGCAAUGGUGCGGAGAUUGUCGUUGCUACGCCUGGUCGUCUUGUUGAUUGUAUCGAGCGUAGACUGCUCGUGCUUGGACAAUGUUGCUACGUCAUCAUGGAUGAGGCAGAUCGUAUGAUUGAUCUUGGUUUCGAAGAGUCUGUCAACAAGAUUCUUGACGCACUUCCAGUUAGUAACGAGAAGCCUGACACGGAGGACGCCGAAGACGCCUCAAAGAUGCAGCGUUACUUGGGUGGAAGGGAUCGUUACAGACAAACUAUGAUGUACACAGCUACUAUGCCGCCCGUCGUGGAGAGGAUCGCAAAGAAAUACCUCCGUCGUCCAGCCAUUGUCACUAUCGGUAAUGCAGGCGAGGCUGUCGACACAGUCGAGCAGCGCGUUGAGUUUAUCUCGGGCGAAGACCGUCGCAAGAAGCGACUCCAGGAGAUUCUUUCCUCAGAUGCCUUCGCGCCGCCCAUCAUUGUAUUUGUCAACAUCAAGCGUAACUGUGACGCUGUUGCUCGUGAUAUCAAGCAAAUGGGCUGGUCCGCUGUCACACUGCACGGUUCCAAGACUCAGGAGCAGCGAGAGGCUGCACUCGCCUCAGUACGCGCCGGCACCACGCAAGUCCUUGUUGCAACCGAUCUUGCUGGUCGUGGUAUCGAUGUACCCGACGUCUCGCUCGUCGUCAACUUCAACAUGGCCACCAGCAUCGAGAGCUAUACCCAUCGUAUCGGUCGAACAGGUCGUGCUGGAAAGAGUGGUGUGGCCAUCACUUUCUUGGGUCCGGAGGACAACGACACUAUGUACGACCUCAAGCAAAUCCUCAGCAAGAGCUCUAUCUCAAAGGUGCCGGAGGAACUAAGGAGGCACGAGGCUGCCCAGUCAAAGCCGGUGCGUGGAGGCGGGGGUGGAGGAGCCAGGAAGGAUAAGGAAGAUGGGUCAAAAGGAGGCUGGCAGCAUUAA